AUGGCCAACGGCGGGAGCUCCUCAGGCCAAGAAAAAGGCCAGUGCACAAGUUUGUUGAGUGCACACACUUCUACCUCCCGGGGAAUUCCAACGAACUUCCAUCAGCUGCUCCACAAUGCUGGAAUAUCGACCACAAGGAACCUUCUUGCUGCAGAUAAUUCUAUGGUUCCCAUUUCUUCUCCGUUGACAACUCCACUAGGGGAUGCAGAAGAGACCAACAAAAAGGGAGCAGUAGUUAAGCGACUGAAAGUCCAAGCCAUCAAGAAGGAUAUCAAGCAGAGCCCCAAGAAGGUGAAUCUGGUAGCCAAGCUGGUUCGAGGAAUGCGUGUUGAAGAUGCACUUUUGCAGCUGCAAGUGACAGUUAAAAGGGCGGCAAAAACUCUGUACCAGGUGAUCCAUUCUGCUCGUGCCAACGCAGCUCACAACCACGGAUUGGAUUCUGAUAAACUUAUCGUGGAGGGGGCUUUUGUGGGGAGAGGACUUUACCUUAAGAGGCUGUCUUACCAUGCCAAAGGGAGGUGCGGCGUCAGGGAGAGACCUAGGUGCAGACUGACGGUGGUGGUUAGAGAAGCAACGGCCGAGGAAGAGGCAAAGAUCGCUAAACUGAGAGUUAGCAACCACAAAAAGCUAACCCGGAAGGAGAAGCAGCUCAUGCCGCACCGGCUUAUUGAGGUUAGCCCCAGGUGGUCUUGGAAAAGGAAGGAGGAGGAGGCUGACGCCACAGUGUAG